AUGGCGUACCGGCGCGAUAAACGCAAGCGGUGUUACCCGCUGGACCAAGGCGCAGCUGACGAGCCCUCAAAGCGCCGCUUGCAGGGUGUGGUCCUUUAUAGGCAGGCGAUGGAAAGGCUGAUGUUGAUGAUCCUGGAGAUGCCUUAUAUACCACCUUAUGCGUGCUUUGUUGGUGCCGAAAGGCUGGUGCGCCACCUAGAUGCGCAUGUCAUGCCUAUGGCCAUUGCGAUCGGCUCCAAGCGACGCACCACGUCGAACUGCUGCCCUCCUUUCAUCACGUGGUCGGCUGUACGCGUGUUUGAAUAUGCGGUGAAGGGUGUCAUCGUUGCCUUAGCUGCUGGAAUGCAAGUCGUCAUAGUUGCCGAUCCCCGCAUCGACGAAGAACACCGGCGUCAGACCACCACCUACAUCGCCUUGCUUCUUGAGUUCAAGGCAGAGCUCUUUGGUCUUCCACCCAUCGAGACUGCUUCCCUGUACCCAAAGCAGCUUCAGGGAACUUUCAUUCAACCCUCCACGGCACAUCGCUCCUUGACCGAUGCAAGCCUUCGAAUAAAAGUGUGA